GCUUACCAGUUUCCAACGUCAUUGACAGGGAGGUUGCUGUCAGGUCUAGGUGUUACAGGUCAAUGAGGAAGCGAGAACAGCCCCAUUAUUUGCAGAUUGUUUUCCAAGCUGAAGCUCCAGAACUGCAAGGAACAUCAUGCAGCUGUACAGCAGGGAAGGUCCUCUGCAACCACCUUGUGGCCUUGCUAUUCCAGUCGGCCCAUUACUGCAUGUUGAAGGUGACAGCUGUACCACCACCUGUGCCCUGCACAAGCUCCCUUCAAGCAUGGCAUCGGCCUAGGACCAUGGGGAUCCAUGCAGAACCGGUUCAGGACUUGGUAGUCAGGAAGCCAAAGCCAUCCACCAGGAGCGUGUGCAAAUCAACACUCUAUCAAGCAUACACUGGACCCCUGCCUGAUCCCAACAUGCUGGCUAUUGGGGAGAAGCUCACAAACAUCAGGCCGCAACCACUGAUCUCGUCUGUGCUGCACGGCCUAUCGCAGCUGUCGAUGGUAGACUCCAAGUUCGGACCUGUGCCACGAGGAUCCCCCCUGUCAUACCAGUGUCCUCCUGUGGUCAAAUGUGGGGAUUACAUCCAGCACCCAGAGGCACCAGCAUUCCCGAAUCUGCCCUUAGAGGACUCAACAUUUCCCACCCAAAUUCCACAAUUUGAAAAAAACUCAAUCCAAAUUUUGCAUUUCGACACUUUAACUGUUACAUAUAAUAUGGCAAGUGACAUAGAGAAGCAGACAAGAGAACAGUCUGAGUGCCCACUAUGGCAAGCUCUACGAAAGCCGAGAGUAACAGCAAGUAGAUUUUAUGAGGUUAGCCACAUCAGAGGGGUGUCCUCUGGUGAGUCCCUGGCAUUGAGAAUACUUAAGGGCACUCGCCAGACUCCUGCCAUGAAGAGGGGGCUGGAGCGGGAGCCACAGGUGCUGGAGCACUAUGCACAGGUGUGCAAUGUCAAUGUGGGUCGCUGUGGGUUAGUCAUUCACCCUCAAGCUCCUCAUCUGGGGGCUAGCCCUGAUGCAAGGUGUAAUUAA